AUGACGACUUACUCAGCUUUUUUCUCUUCCGGCCUUUUGGCUGCUCCUCACAUGUCUUCGUCCCACUCGAUGUAUAGCAAUCAUAUUAUCAGGCAUGGCGAUGUUUCACCGUCUCUUCUGACUGUUACCGAUGCACUUGACGACACGAGCGACAUUGAGCUGGAUCGUAGCACCACGCCUACUCUAACAAAUAUCGAAACUUCUAUGCAUCAGACUCAACGUCUUCGUAGGCGCCGAUCUAGUCUUACCAUAGGUACCUCACCUAUAAACGCUAUCAAAUCGCCUUCUAGAGCAGCAGGAAAUGCACUUCAACUUCAGCGCCAUCUUUUCACCACUCCUGGUCGCUCUCGUAGCGGUAGCACGAGUUCGGUUAUGAGCAUUGGAGAAGAGGUAAAUUCAAAUAUCGCAUCCGAGAAUACUAGUCUGUAUCGUCGAAUGCGAAGUGGAAGUGUUGGGUCGAUACUCAAAUCUCGACGUGGUGUCCGUCGUGGAGUUCCAGGUCCCUCAUUUCCGCCCCCUUCUGCUCCUCUACCUGCUCUUCCGCCAAUUCCCGGUACCCCCAGCCGUUCAAAAGCUUUUUCUCUCGCAGUUCCUUCUAUCGCCACUCAGGCUCUGGCUCAAAAGCUUGCUGCUGCUGAAGAUGUGCUCAACUUGCAGGUGGCUUCAUCGCCGACUCGACAGCCUUUCGGUGAUUUGCAACUUCAUGGUUACGCGAACGACCAGAAAAUGAGAGGUUAA